UUGCUGGAGUCCCAAGGGGAGCACAGAACUUUGGCUAUGUCUCAAUUAUUAAUUCUUCAGACUUGACCUUUAUCCAGAACUUCACUGGUGAACAGAUGGCGUCUUAUUUUGGGUACACUGUUGCAGUAUCUGAUGUUAACAAUGAUGGUUUAGAUGAUAUCUUAGUUGGCGCUCCUCUCUUUAUGGAACGAGAAUUUGAGAGCAAGCCUAAAGAAGUUGGGCAAGUUUAUCUGUACCUGCAAGAAAGUGCUUUCCUCUUCCGAGAUGCGCAAAUUCUGACAGGCACUGAAGUGUUUGGUAGAUUUGGCAGUGCAAUCACGCACCUUGGAGAUCUCAAUCAAGAUGGAUAUAACGACAUUGCUAUUGGUGCACCAUUUGCAGGAGAAGACAGAAGAGGGAAAGUGCUCAUUUACAAUGGAUAUAGUAAUGGGUUAAAUACUAACCCUUCCCAGGUUCUCAAUGGAGCAUGGGCCUCACAGUCCAUGCCUUCGGGAUUUGGCUUCACUCUAAGAGGAGACUCAGAUGUAGACAAGAAUGAUUACCCAGAUUUAAUUGUAGGUGCAUUUGGAGCUGGAAAAGCAGUUGUUUACAGAGCCAGACCUGUUGUGACAGUGAAUGCUCAGCUCAUUCUGAACCCCAUGAUUGUGAAUCCAGACAAUAAAACUUGUCAGCUCCCUGGCUCUCAGCUUUUGGUGGCCUGCUUUACUGUAAGAGUCUGCGCAGACUUUGAAGGUCAAAGUAUUUCAGAUGAGAUAGUGCUGAAAGGUGAAUUGCAAUUAGAUUCAUUGAAACAGAAAGGAGCUGUUAAGAGGACCCUCUUCUUUGAUUACCAUCAGUCACAUCAUUACUUCUCCAUUGUGUUAGAAAGACAGAAAGAGCUCCGUUGCCAGGACUUUCUUGUUUAUCUGAGAGAUGAAACAGAAUUUAGAGAUAAAUUAUCUCCCAUCAAUAUAAACUUGAAUUAUAGUUUGGAUGAAUCCAGUUUUGAAGAUAGCUUGACAGUGAAGCCAAUAUUGAACUAUUACCAGAAAAGCUCGGUAACAGAACAGGCUUACAUUCUGGUCGACUGUGGGGAGGACAACUUGUGCAUUCCUGACUUGCAGCUUUCUGCUAUGCCAGAUAAAGAUCAGCUAAUAAUUGGAGAAGAAAACUGUGUCAUGCUCAUAAUAAAUCCAAGGAAUGAUGGGGAAGGCGCCUAUGAAGCUGAGCUACAUAUAAAGAUUCCACCUGAAGCAGAUUACACUGGGGUUGAACGCAACAGCAAGGCACUGCGUGUGCUGAGCUGUGAUUACAAGAUGGAAAAUGAAACUAGAAUGGUGGUUUGUGAUCUUGGGAACCCCAUGGUGGCUGGCGCAAACUUCUCUACAGGCAUUCGAUUUUCUGUUCAGCAUUUUGAAAAUGCAGAUUUCAGCAUCAAUUUUGAGCUGCAAAUAAAAAGUUCUAACAAGAUUAAUCCCACCAGCAAUUUAGUUAACCUCCAUAUCAACAUCAGUGCUAUGGCUCAAGUACAGAUCAGAGGAGUGUCUCACCCCCCAACAAUUAUUUUGCCACUUCACAACUGGGAACCCAAAGAUGAACCUGCAAAAGAAGAAGAACUUGGUCCUUUAGUAGAACACAUCUAUGAGCUGCACAAUAUAGGACCAAGUGCUAUCAACAGUACAGUUCUCCAUGUUGGCUGGCCUGUGUCCAGUCGAGAAGAAUUUCUUCUUUAUAUUCUUCAUAUUCAGACACAUGGACCAUUGCACUGUCAAACGAGUUCUCCUAUUAAUACAAUGCAAAUAAAGUUUUCUAUUCCACAAGACACUCCUGAACUUGCUGCUUUUUUGUAUAAUUCCACAAUUUCUCAUUACAUCAUGAGGAGGGAUGUCACAGUGGCAGAACCUCACAGGAAAAACUCUGCAAAAAUAUUGAACUGUACAAAUGUGAAGUGUAUCCUAAUUUCCUGCACUGUGGGACAACUGGAAAAAGGGAAGAGUGCAGCGCUAAAAAUCAGGUCCCGGCUAUGGGCCCAAACAUUCCUGGAGAGAAAGAAUGAUCUCUAUACUCUUUCUUCCAAUGUGUCCUUCGAAGUUAAGAACAUGCCAUAUAAAGUGCAACCAGCAAAGCUCCCCAAGGGAAGCAUAGCAAUCAGAACAUCUGUCAUUUGGUCCACUCCAAAUGUCUCCUUUGUAAUCCCUUUAUGGGUUAUAAUACUAGCAAUACUUCUUGGACUACUGGUACUAGCUAUGUUGACCCUAGCUUUAUGGAAGUGUGGCUUCUUUGACCGAGCUAGACCUCCUCAAGAUGACAUGGCUGACAGGGAACAACUGACAAAUAACAAGACUACUGAUGCAUAGAAGAAGAGAGUGACAGUUCAAGUCAGAAUCUUGCCUGAGACUAGAAACACAACGGGGACUAAAUGAAGGAUUCCUUCCACCAGUCUUCCUUGGUACCUGCAAGUGACAUGGUGUAGUAACCUGAUCUGCAACAUCCUGAGAACAUGCCACAUGAUGGCCAUCCUUGCCAAAGCAAGCAGCGUUAUGACUGCCUUACAAACAUACUCACCAGUGAACAGAAUGUUUAUCCCAUAUUCCAGUCAUUCUACAUUUCAGCAGAUGCUUUUGAACACGUGUGGUAUACUGAGAUGCUUCCACAACA